AUGAAAACCCGAACAGCUCCACCUAACGUCCCACAGAACCGCAUGCCCACUCUGCCCACAUACCCAGGCAUCAGAAACCGCAUGCCCACUCAGCCCACAUACCCAGGCAUCAGAAAUCGCAUGCCCACUCUGCCCAUAUACCCUGGCAUCAGAAACCGCAUGCCCACUCAGCCCACAUACCUAGGCAUCAGAAACCGCAUGCCCACUCAGCCCACAUACCCAGGAAUCAGAAAUAGCAUGCCCACUCUGCCCACAUACCCUGGCAUCAGAAACCGCAUGCCCACUCAGCCCACAUACCUAGGCAUCAGAAACCGCAUGCCCACUCAGCCCACAUACCCAGGCAUCAGAAACCGCAUGCCCACUCAGCCCACAUACCUAGGCAUCAGAAACCGCAUGCCCACUCAGCCCACAUACCCAGGCAUCAGAAACCGCAUGCCCACUCUGCCCACAUACCCUGGCAUCAGAAACCGCAUGCCCACAUGCCCAGGCAUCAGAAACCGCAUGACCACUCUGCCCACAUACCCAGACAUCAGAAAUCGCAUGCCCACUCAGCCCACAUACCCAGACAUCAGAAACCGCAUGCCCACUCUGCCCACAUACCCAGGCAUCACCCUCCCAUUCAGCCCAGUCGUAGGGACAUGA